AUGACGCGGAACGAAGCUGAACAACUUCAGGCAAAUAAAGGUCAAUUAAUUGCUGCAAAUACUUAUUGGUCAACGAGUCGAAAAAAAUCGGUUGCAUAUAUGUAUAUUAAUGGUUGUCAGAACGAUACCGAUCGAAUGGUCGUCUUAUUUCAGAUUGAAUGCAAUCUUCGAAAUGAAGAAAAUUCGGUGAUUUUUGCUGAUAUCAGCGGCAGUAGUAACUUUCCCGAAGAAAAAGAAGUUCUAUUUGACAUCGGAGCAGUUUUUCGAAUCGAGAGCGUUACCUCAGAAACAAUCGAUAAGACAGAGGUUUUCGUUGUACAAAUGAAAACAACGAACGAAGGCCAAGAUGUUCUUGAGGAAUAUCGAAAACAAAAUCAGAAACAAAUGAAUUCAGAAGGUCGGCCGAUCAUGUUAUGCAGAAUUUUGAACCGAAUGGGAAAAUGCGACCAAUCUCGUAUGCUCCUUGAAAGACUUCUCCUCCAUCCGAAUGGAGAGAAUCUGGUUCAUAUUCACAAUCGUCUUGGUAUUACCUAUAAAGAUGAGCAUCAAUAUGACCGUGCAUUGGAGCAUUUUGAGCAAGCACUGAAAAAAACCGAUCUUUCUGAUGCAUCUCAACGAAAGUAUGCCGCUUAUAUUUUCCAUAACAAAGGUUUACUUUGUGCGAAAAGAAGACAACUUAAUGAAGCACUCGGAUUCUACGAACGCGCGAUCACAAUGCUGAAAAAGGAGACAAAUCCUCCGAAUACUGGCAUUGCACAAUUCUUAAGUAGCAUCGGACGCAUUUAUUUCCAACAGCGAAAAUACAAAGAAGCACUUCAGUAUCAACAGGACGCAUUACAAAUGAGAGAAGAAUGUAUGUCAGCGAAUCAUCUUGUUCUCACGUUCAGUUAUGCAGAUAUUGGCAAUAUUUACCGACGUCAACGUGAUUAUGAGCAGGCAUUGCACUAUCAUAAGAAAGCCUUAGACCUUCGACAGAAAUAUUUACUACCGAAUCAUCACAAUAUAGCAUAUAGCCUUCGUGACGUUGGAAAAAUUUAUUUCGAAAUGGGUAAUGUUACUGCAAUAUUUCUCUAUUUUUCAAAGCAUGCACAACAAAUGUUUCUUCAAUUGACAUGUAUAGAAGAUUUAGAGAAAAUUAGUGAUCGUCGAAAUCCAGAAAUUGGUAAAUAG